UUGGCGAUGGCGCGUGGCGCGAUGGCCCCGCUGCUCGCCGCGCCGUGGCGCCUGAUGCUCCUGAGCGACGGCAGCGUGACCAGACACCUGCAGCUCCUCACCGACGCCAAGGUGGUCGUCGACGUCCUCUCGAUGGAACCGAAAGGUACGACGACGAUCGAUUCGUGCACCCACCUGCUGCACAGGGAGGUUGACCUGUGCGACGGCCGCGACGGGACGCCCCUGGUGUACGCCAGCUCGUGGUGGACGCCCGAGGCUGCGGAACGGUUCGGCAUCCUGCGCCCCGACGGAGCCGCGACGGAGCGCGCCGUGUGGAUGCACCUCUCGGAGCGACGCACCGAGCUGUUCCGGGAGGUGAGACGGCUGUACCGCGGCGCAUCGCCGGCGCUCGAGGAGGCGUGGGGCGAGGUCGGCCCGUACUGGGGCCGGCACUACGUGUUCUGGGCGGGCGAGGUUCCGUUGUGCGUCAUCUACGAGGUCUUCAGCCCGAGGCUGGGCGGGUUCCUCGGC